CCCUCCCUGUUUGAAUCUCAUUAGUUUCUUGUGUGUUUCUCCCUGUCAAUAAUCCCGAAUCCAGACUCUCUCUAUUUCCAUCCCUCUCUAUCUGUCAAUCAGCGCCGCCUUUGAACUGAAAACCACUCCGACCAACUUCAACUCACUCAAUCCGAGCGGCUCGGCUCCUUCUCCGGCUUCCCCAUUUUUCUGCCAACAUUUUUCCCCCUUCUUUUUUCUCCCCCCUUGUGUUUUUGAGUUUUAUAUACCAGAGCUUUUGGAGAACGCCAAUACGAAGACCCCCUUCCUCUUUCUUUUUUUUUUUUUUUAAAAAAAGAAGCAAAUUCCCCUUAAAAACUUAAACUCUCGGACUUUCGAGCUCGCAGAGAUCAAGGGUUUGAAACUUUUCGGUGGGGUUUUUUUCGACCCGAGAACGAUUCUUCUGCUCGGGGGAAAAAUGCCGCAGCUCAACGGCGGUGGAGGGGACGAUCUGGGCGCAAACGAUGAAAUGAUUUCCUUCAAAGACGAAGGGGAGCAGGAGGAGAAAAUCUCCGAGAACUCCUCGGCAGAAAGGGAUUUAGCAGACGUCAAAUCUUCGCUCGUAAACGAGUCGGAAACGAAUCAGAACAGCUCCUCGGACUCGGAGGCGGAAAGACGGCCUCCGCCUAGAUCUGAAACUUUCAGAGACAAAACAAGGGAAAGUUUAGAAGAGGCUGCGAAAAGGCAAGAUGGAGGGCUGUUCAAGAGCCCACCGUACCCGGGCUAUCCGUUUAUAAUGAUCCCCGAUCUCACCAGCCCCUACCUCCCCAACGGAUCACUUUCUCCAACAGCACGCACAUACCUACAGAUGAAAUGGCCCCUUCUAGAUGUUCAACCAGGAGGUCUUCAGAGUAGACAAGCACUUAAAGAUGCCAGGUCCCCGUCACCGGCACACAUCGUCGGGCCCUUCUGCUGGGAAUUCCCCGGACAGUCAGAUCUGAGCCUUCACCAAUUUCAUUUGUCUAAUAAGGUUCCAGUGGUACAGCACCCGCACCAUGUGCACCCUCUCACGCCUCUGAUCACCUACAGCAAUGAGCACUUCACACCAGGGAACCCCCCACCUCACCUACAGACAGACGUGGAUCCCAAAACAGGCAUCCCGAGGCCUCCUCAUCCUCCAGACAUAUCUCCUUAUUACCCGUUGUCACCUGGCACCGUUGGCCAGAUCCCCCAUCCGCUAGGAUGGUUAGUACCACAGCAAGGUCAACCUGUUUAUCCAAUCACGACAGGGGGUUUCAGACACCCCUACCCCACUGCGCUUACUGUCAACGCAUCCAUGUCAAGUCUUCUGUCCUCUAGAUUCCCCCCACACAUGGUGCCCCCUCACCACAGUUUGCACACCACGGGCAUCCCUCACCCGGCCAUCGUCACGCCCAACGUCAAGCAGGAAUCCUCCCACAGCGACAUUAGCUCACUCAACAGCUCGAAACAGUCGGACGCGAAAAAGGAGGAGGAGAAGAAGAAGCAGGUCCACAUAAAGAAGCCUCUGAACGCCUUUAUGCUCUACAUGAAGGAGAUGCGGGCCAAGGUGGUGGCUGAGUGCACACUGAAAGAAAGCGCUGCUAUCAACCAGAUCCUGGGGCGAAGGUGGCACGCCCUAUCGCGAGAGGAGCAGGCCAAGUACUACGAGCUGGCCAGGAAAGAACGACAGCUCCACAUGCAGCUGUACCCCGGCUGGUCAGCACGAGACAACUAUGCGGCUAACCAACAGGGGAAAAGGAAGAAGAGAAAAAGGGAAAAGCAGCAAGCAGAGAGCAAUGAACACAGAGAAUAUUUUCCAAACCCUUGCCUUUCACUCCCUCCGAUUACAGAUGCAAAUACCCCAAAGAAGUGUCGUGCCUUGUUCGGGCUUGACCAGCUGAGUUUAUGGUGCAAACCCUGCAGGAGAAAAAAAAAGUGCAUUCGCUACAUCCAAGGUGAAGGCAGCUGUGCCAGUCCUCCCUCUACGGACGGAAGCUUACUAGACUCCCCCCCAUCCUCCCCCUCCUCCGCGGUUCCCUCCCCCUCCCCGAAAGAGUCCAAACCUCAGACUGAACAAAUGCAACCUCUCUCACUGACUAUGAAACCGGCCCACCAGCCACUCCACCACCCGCACCUCCUGGCUGGGCCCCCACCGCCAUCUUUGGUUCAGCUGGAAAGCUCGGCCGCCGCCGCCGCCGUCAGCAAAACGCCCGGCGGCGGCGCCUCCUCCCACAACGGAGCUCUGGAGCACAGUGACGUCUCGUCCUCGCGGCAGCCAGGCUCCUCCGCCAUGACCCGGCCGUCGGCUUCGCUGUGUCAUUCCCACUCGCUCCUACCCUCCGCGGCGUCUCAGCCUCUGUCGCUAGUGACCAAGUCUAUAGAAUAAUCUACCUUCUUCUUCUCUCACACACACACACACACACACUUUCUAGGCUUCCUCUUUGCUCUAUUUGACUGUCAAUCAAUUUGUUUUCUUUGCCGCGAGGCUUUGAAAGUUUUAGUUUUUGUUUUUUUUUGUUUUUAUUAAAGUUCAUUGGUCAAUAUUUGACCCCUCAUUAUCAAAAUAAUCAAAUUAUUAUAAAGUAAUGAUACAAUGAGCUGUAGUAUAGCUUUGUGAAUCUGCCAAAAUUUUUAUGGAUUUUGUUUUUAGUUGUUUUUUUGUUUUUAAGUCUUUUUUUUUUUGUUGCGUUAAAAAACAGGAGGAAAACGAAUCUUCUUCACUUUGAAAAUGUUUAAAAGACAGAUAUGAAAUAGGUAGGCUAGGAUAUUCGACGAGCCCUUUUUUUUUCCUGAAAGAGUUGGUUCUUCUUCUUUAUUUGUAUUAAAUACGAGCCUGCGAACCAAUCAUUCAACAUCUGUUCGGACUCUGGGAGGGCACCGGGGCUAGCGGUGACGCCUCUCCGGGGAACUAUUGUAAUUGUCAUGUUACUUGUUCUUGUUUAAAUGUACAGAAUAUCGGGGAGGGGGGGGUGAUUACUGUGUUAAAUAUGCAUUCUUCCACUGCGUUGUCUGUUUUUUUUGUUGUUUAUUUUCUCUGUUGUUUACCUUUUGGGGCGGAGUCAGGCAAGUUUGGGUGGGCUCGCCAAGUGGGGGGGAGGGUGGGGAUCGGUCGGGAGGGUUGUAAAAUUCAAAAAUGUCACAACGCUAGGACCAGUAGUAUUUAUUGCUUUAGAGAUUGCUUGUUGUAUCUUGUACGUGUCUCUUUUUGACCCUUUUUUUGUUUUUUUUUGUUCCUUGAUACAUUGUACAAAUAAUUUUUUCUUAAGCUAAACAACUAUAUGAAUGAUCCAUUUUUACAGGGAUUUAAAAUAAGGAGAAAGGAAAAAAAAAAAAACCAACAAAGCUUUUUGUUAUGAAUUGUUUCUUUUCCUCGCUGAAAGCACCCAGAUUUCACUCACUUGUUCUGUGUAGAUCUCAUAAAACAAGAAGUAUGCACAACGUCAUUUCCAGAGCCGCGUCUAUAUAAGCCAUUUUACACACAAAGGAAGAAAAGAGAACUUGAAACCAGGCAGUGGGUAGCGUGUCUCCAGUGGACAAAGUGUUUUAAAGCCCUUCUUUUCUAUUGCACAGUCACAUCUCUCAGACUGUAGAUCCGUGUACAGAUUUUUCCGUGCCAAAUUUUUUGUGAUAAUUUGCCCAAGCCCUCACCUCCCCCAGUUUUAAAAGAAGAAAAGGAAAAAAAAAAAAAGCUGUAGGAUUUUUUUUUUUUUUGUUUCAUUUCGUUGUCGUUUGUUUUUAUUUUCAUUUUGAUACCAUUCUUUGCUGUGACGUUACAUAGAUUGCUAUGUAUGUAGUAUAAAUGUUGCUAUAACAAAUGUGUUUGGUAGCAAAUUGUCAAAUAUUAAAAUUUAAACUUAAUAAAAAGACGGACAUCAUACUGUAUAAACCCACGAGGGCCAAAAUUAUGUAUAUUAGGAGGUUCAUAAAAAACUAUUAAAUGCAAAAAAAAUACACAAACUGCCACUUUUAAGUACACUACUACAUAUAGGUAGAUAGAAAAAAUAGGCAUGUUGAUGUUGCAAGAGGCUGUAAAAAAGCUACAAGAGAAUCAUCCACUCGGUGCCAUUGUAGUUGACAUGACGCGACUGUAAUCUGUCGAUUUCUUCUCUGGUUUAUUAAGAUGCUAAUGAUAAAUAGUUUGAAUGUUUCCUUAACGGCUGUGAUGUUCCUGUUCUAUUUUAUGCUCUUAUCUUUUUUGUUUGUUUGUUUGUUUGUUUUUUUUUUUCCUGUUAUUUUAAAUGGUUCUAAAACCAUGUUUUUUGUAAUGAAUAAAUGUCUAUGCUGUACAGUCUCUGUAGCAUGCAGUUCUGUAUUAAUAAAAGCAACUUAGUAUGUGCA